CCUUUUGGGCGUUCAAGCUCCGCGCGCGGGCCGCGCUGUAGUACCACGGUCGGAGUCCGCGCGCUCUCUGUCGCCUGUCCCUUCCGUCAUGUUCCCGGCCGUCUCCUCUCCGCGGACUCCGGGACCCGGAGCCCGAAGGGGCCCGCUGGGUGGACUCGGGCCGGGCUCCACGCCCCGGGCGACAAGCAGGAAGGGUCUGUCCCUGGGGUCUGCCGUCGGCUCCCCAAUGCUCUUCUCGCCGGUCGGCCGGCGUAGCUCGGUGAGCUCGCGAGGAACGCCUACACGAAUAUUCCCACACCACUCUGUAACUGAGUCUGCGAACUAUGAUGUGAAAACUUUUGGCUGUGCUCUUCCUGUUAAAGUCUUAGAAGUACUGACAUUGGCUGAAGAUGAUGACAUGCAGACUGUUCACAUAUAUGAAGGUGGAUGGGCUUGUCUGGUCUGCAAAGAGAAACUCAUUAUUUGGAAGAUUGCUCUGUCACCUAUUACGAAGUUAGUUUGCAAAGAGCUUCAGCUGCCACCUAGUGAUUUCCAGUGGAGUGCUGACUUGGUGGCCCUCUCUUACUCUGCCAUCUCAGGUGACGCACAUUCUACUCAGGCGGUUGCUGUCAUGGCUGCCACCAGAGAAGGUUCCAUCCGCUAUUGGCCAAGUCUUGCUGGUGAAGACGCCUACACAGAGACUUCUGUAGAUUUUGGAGGUGAUAAGACUUACAGUUUCCUGACUGCAGUGCAGGGAGGAAGUUUUAUUUUGGCCUCCUCAGGAAGCCAGCUGCUUCGGCUGACACCUGAAAACUUAGGGAAGAUCCGUCAACACGUUCUGCCUCAAGGGCAAGGCAUGCUUUCAGGGAUCAGCCGGAAGGUGUCUUCUCUUCUGGGAAUCUCAUCUCCUAAUAGUGACCUCGUACUUUCAAGUGUCCUUUGGGAUCGAGAGAGAUCAAGCUUUUAUACCCUGACAAAUGUGAACAUCAGUAAAUGGGAAUUAGAUGAGGGUUCAGAGAAACAAGCACUGAAUUGGGAGAUAAGCAGAGUCCUGAAGGAGAACAUCACUGAUGCCGUUUGGGGAUCUGAAAGUAACUACGAAGCCAUUAAAGAAGAGGUCAACAUCCGAUAUUUGGAUUUGAACCAAAAUUGCGAUGGGCUCCUAAUUUUGGCAGCAGCGUGGCAUCCAGCAGACACUCCGUGUCUCAUCUAUUACUCUCUGAUAACAGUGGAAGAUAAUGGCUCCCAAAUGUCAGAUGCAAUAACUGUAGAAGUCACUCAGUAUAAUCCACCUUUUCAGUCUGAAGACUCAGUUGCAUGUCGGUUGAUGGUCCCCGACUUUUCAGUGCGGACCGCCUGUCUGUACACCGAAAGCUCUGUCUAUGUGUGCUCCACGGGGACCGGGAAGUUUUCCAUCCCUCAGGAAAAGAUUGUCUUUAACGCGCAAGGAGAUAGUAUUUUAGGAGCUGGUUCCUGUGGUGGUGUUCCUAUCCUUUUUUCUAGAAACAGUGGGUUGGUGUCUAUUACUCCACGGGAAAACGUGUCCGUGUUAGCAGAAGACCUCGAAGAUUCUUUAGCAUCUUCUGUUGCUGGACCAAGCAAUGAGAGUGUGAUUUUUGAGAGCUCUACAAAGAAUGAAGCCAGAGCCCAGGACGACAAAACCAAAUCGCUAAAAGCAGCUUUUCUACAAUAUUGCAGAAAAGAUUUAGGUCAUGCCCAAAUGACUGUUGACGAAGUGCUUUCCUCCCACACUGAUCGCGACGCCGACAAUGACCUUGAUGGAGCCAUUGUCCAAAUCAGUGUGGAGCUCAUGGACGACUACCCUGCUUCGGACCCGCGGUGGGUUGCGUCUGUCCCCGAGGAGCCACCUGGGUUUAGCAAAGCAUCACUGCUUAUUCUCCACCAGCUAGACGACAAGAUGAAGGCCCAUUCUCUCCUCAUGGACUUUAUUCACCACGUUGGCUUAUUCGGACAUCUGGGCACCUUCUCAAUCAGAGGGGUGCCCAUGGCAACCCGACUGUUGCUCUGUGAGCAUGCAGAGAAGUUGUCAGCUGCUACUGUUCUCAAGAACCACCACUCGCGGCUGCCUGACCUCAUGAACACAGUGAUACUGAACACUUUGAACAGGAGGGCCUGUGAAGUCCCACCCAGCCUGACCCCUGCGGAUGUCUUCUUUAGAGAGGUUUCCCAGAUAGACACCAUCUGUGAGUGUUUGCUGGAGCACGAGGAGCAAGUCCUACAGGACACAUCGAUGGAGUCAGUGGAGUGGGCUGAGAUCGUGGUCAAUGUGAACAGUAUUCUCAAGGACAUGCUGCAAGCUGCUUGUCAUUAUCGACAUAAUAAAAACUCCUUGUAUAGAAGAGAAGAAACACUGGAAAACGAACCUGAAUAUAUUCCAUGGACAGCAACGAGUGGGCCUGCAGGCAUCAGAACAGCAAUACUACGCCAGCAUGCGGUUGCCCUAAAAGUGGUUUACCCUCAGGCCGACAGCAGCCUCCGCAACGUACUGAUAGAGCAGCUUGUAGCUCUGAUUGAUUGUUUCCUGGAUGGUUAUGUGUCGCAGCUGAAGUCUCUGGACAAGUCCAGUGAUCAGGAGCGAUACAACAACCUGGAGAUGGAGUACCUGCAGAAGAGAGCGCAUCUCCUGUCUCCGCUUCUCACACUAGGCCAGUACCUAUGGGCUGCUUCAUUGGCAGAAAAAUACUGUGACUUUGAUAUCUUAGUCCAGAUGUGCGAGCAGACCGACAACCAGACCAGACUCCAGCGCUACAUGACCCAGUUUGCUGAUCAGAAUUUUUCAGAAUUUCUCUUCCGUUGGUAUCUGGAGAAAGGAAAGAGAGGCAAAUUACUAUCCCAGCCCAUUUCUCAGCAUGGAGAGCUGGCGAGUUUUUUGCAAGCUCAUGAACACCUCAGCUGGUUACAUGAAAUUAACAGCCAAGAACUGGAAAAGGCUCAUGCAACGCUUCUGGGUUUGGCCAAUACGGAAACUCGUUACUUUGCAAAGAAAAAAACCCUUCUUGGCUUGAGUAAAUUGGCUGCAUUAGCUUCAGACUUUUCAGAGGAUAUGCUACAAGAAAAAAUUGAAGAAAUGGCUGAGCAGGAACGCUUCCUCCUGCAUCAGGAGACGCUGCCUGAGGCGCUGCUAGAGGAGAAGCAGCUAAGCCUGAGCGCAAUGCCAGUCCUGACCGCACCGCAGCUCAUCAGCCUGUAUAUCUGUGAAGAAAACAGAAGAGCUAAUGAAUAUGAUUUCAAGAAGGCUUUGGACUUGCUGGAAUACAUUGAGGAGGAGGAAGCUGUAAAUAUCAAUGAUCUAAAACUGGAAAUCCUUUGCAAAGCGCUUCAGAGAGAUAACUGGUCCAGUUCAGACGGUAAAGAUGAUCCAAUUGAAGUCUCUAAAGACAGUAUAUUUGUGAAAAUCUUACAGAAACUUUUAAAAGAUGGCAUUCAGCUCAGCGACUACCUGCCAGAGGUGAGAGACCUCCUCCACGCAGAUCAGCUGGGGAACCUGAAGUCCAACCCUUACUUUGAGUUUGUUUUGAAAGCAACUUAUGAAUAUUAUGUCCAGGGACAAAUGUAACUUUUUCUAGGACUUGUCAUAGUUUCUGAAAAUUUGUAUAAGCACGUCCUUAUAAAAACUUUAGGCCUUAAACGUCUAGAGGUCUGUCCAGUUUUAUGGCGUGCUGCUGUGUUUUUAUACUUUAUUUGGAAGCUGCUCCAGUUAUUGGGAGUGGUUUUGGUUUCAGCUACAUGAUGUUUUCUUCUCCUUUUUUCCAUCUGAAAUUCAUUAGUUGUCUCCAUCCUCAGGACCCUGUUCACGCUCACUGUGCCCAGGGUUCUGGAGUCCUUGUCUCAGUUCUGGCUACUUGUGUGCACGUGUCACUUCUAGGUAUUAAAGCUCCUGGUAUUAAAAUGA